CACUGUUGGAAACUUGUUUUUAUUAUUUUCCUCCCCCUUGCCGUCAACACCCAGGAUUGCUAUAAGUCACUUUCCCCCCCCCCCCCCCCCCCUUAAAUCAACCGAACCUAAAUGAGCCUUUUUGAUUUAUUUCGUGGCUUCUUCGGCGUUCCCGGCGGCCAUUUUCGUGGUCAAAGGGACCCCUUCUUUGAUGCCAUGACCCGUGAUGAGGACGACGAUGAAGACGACGGCUUCUGCUAUGAUGGCUUAAGGGGGGACGGGCAGGACCCCUUUGACAGCGCAUGGAAGUUUGGCUUCAGCUUUAGUCCCGAGGGGAUGAGAAUCCAAGAACCUCCUCUGUUUGGAAACGUCCUCAGGGAGAUGGAGGAGAUUUUUUCCCAGCUGGGAUGCUGGGACUCGCAUGCCGGUAUUCCCAGCAUUGCGCCACCGCCGCUUCACGAAGGAAGACGCGGGUCCAGCGGGAACCCCCUGAGAGACUUCAUGCUCAAAUCUCCUGACCGUGACGGACAAAGAAGAAAUGAUGUCCGUCCUUUCUAUGAGUCACCACAAUUCCCGAGCUCCACCCCUUUUUCAAAAUUCACUGAUGUUUGGAGACAAAGACUACAGAAAACUCCAGAAGAUGACUGUAAAGAAGACAGAGAUCUGGACUCUGCCGUAUCCUCUGGCAGUUUGGAUCAGAUUCUGGCGUCACCCGCUGACCAGGUGCCGAGUCAGCAGCCUCAGAACAGGUCCUUCUUCCAGUCCAUUACCGUCACCAAAGUGCUGAAGCCUGAUGGGACGCUGGAGGAGCGGCGCACGGUCCGAGACAGCCGAGGCAACGAGGAGACCACCAUGACCCGCUCGGGAGGCCGUGGCGGUCACGAGGGACCAGAACAUCAAACCGGACCUGCCCUACCAGGUACUUCCUCUUCAGACAUGAGGGAUGACGACAGCGACUUCUUCUCAAAGCUCUUUGGGGGCUUUAAAUGACUUCAUUCUAACACACACACAUUUUAUUUAUGUUGUAGAGUUGAACUUAAUUGUACGCUGAUGCCGCAAGGUGAGAUAAUUUUGCAGAAUAAUGCCUAAUUACUACAAUGUAUUUAUUUUUGUAUUGCCUUUGUUGUGUUUGUUGAAUGAAAAUAAAUAAUGUUGACAAUUGUUAUAAUGUAGAAACAAA